UUCUUCAGAAAUCAGAACUCUUCAAAAGACAAAUAAAGAACAACGAAAAAGAGGAGCGGAAAACUGGUUGGGGCCUGCCGGCCUGGGGAGUGGAGAGAGAGAGAGAGAGAGAGAGAAAAAGAGACUUAGCAUCAUCAGUUCUUCAGCUUCUCCUUGUUUGUACGCUAAAAUCACACUCUCCAAGAACACUUGCAGUUCCUCUCUGCAACUCCAUUUUCAGAAACGAGAUCGAACAUAGAACUGAGAAAAGGAAGAGAUAAAUAUUCACGACAUAUAGCGACCUUUGAGAAAAUCCAUCCGUUCAUAACCUAUAUAGAAAAUUUGCCCUUCUCUCCAGAGAAUUUGAAAGUUAAUGGAGGAAAUGUAUGGACUGUAUCCUUCUAUCGAAUACUCGGAGCAAGUUUCAAUGUCGUCCGGCAAUCUGGUUUCCCCCGUGGACUACCAGAGCUUACUUGCCGCGGGAUCUUUUCGCGAUCGGAUUCCGAUCUUCCCUCCGGAUCAGUUGUUACCUGCAGCUUCGGUGAUUUCGGAGGCUGCCUCUAUUGCUCCUGAAAUUCAAGGAAGACGGGAGGAUGGUGGUGGCGGUGUUGGAAGUGUAUUAGAAGAUGAGCUAUGUGAGAUUAAAGCGAAAAUCGCUUCUCAUCCUCGUUAUCCAAGACUUCUUGAAGCUUACAUCGAUUGCCAGAAGGUCGGUGCUCCUGAAGACAUAGCACUUCUGUUGGAUGAAAUCCGGCGAGAAUACUUCGUCUGUAAGAGAGACGCAGUAUCAUCGCGCUUAGGCGCUGAUCCCGAGCUCGACCAAUUCAUGGAAACCUACUGUGAUAUGUUGGUUAAGUAUAAAACAGAUCUCGCAAGGCCGUUUGAUGAAGCAACUACGUUCUUGACCGAGAUACAAAUGCAGCUCAGCAAUCUCUGCAAAGGUCCUUCCAGAAGCUCCGUUUCGGACGACGCUGCUGGAUCAUCGGACGAUGAAUUUAGUGGAGGAGAAAUCGAGGUCCCAGAGGUUCAUACUGGAGCUGAAGAACGAGAGCUGAAGGACAAGCUCUUGCGUAAAUAUAGUGGGUAUAUUAGUAGCCUGAAGCAGGAAUUUUCAAAGAAAAAGAAGAAGGGUAAAUUACCGAAAGAUGCGAGGCAGAAACUACUUGACUGGUGGAACAUUCACUACAAAUGGCCAUAUCCAACGGAAGCUGAUAAGAUUGCACUAGCUGAAUCAACGGGCCUGGAUCAGAAACAAAUAAACAAUUGGUUCAUAAACCAAAGGAAACGUCAUUGGAAGCCAUCUGAGAAUAUGCAGUUCGCUGUUAUGGAGAAUCUUUCUGGACCCUUCUUCAUGGGUGAUUGAGAUGGGCGGCUCUUACCCUAACUGAACAUGUACAUUCUUGAAUGUAACUUUUCGCUGAUACUAAAUGUAACGCCCAUUGUUAUGUUGUUUCAUCUAUUUCUUUUUUGCCUUCGUUUGUUUGUCUGCUUGGAGACUUCUACGCACGUUUACUCUAAUUCUUAAAAAAAGGUUUACUGAUUUACUCUA